AUGGCGACUGAUUUAGGCAAAGCUAAAGGUAGACUCGCCGGUCUUUCAGCUUAUUUAAAAAUUCUUUUACAAGAACUAGACCAAUAUGUUUCUUCUGAAGACUGUGAGCAAGCGAAACUUUUGGGGUUGAGAAAUACUGUUUCGAGUAUUCUUGAACAAUUGGCUGUUGUUCAUAAUGAAAUUAUUAACAUGCUUGAUCCAAAAGAAAUAGAGGCUGCAGUUGUCGAACAUAUGAAAGAGUUAGAACCCAGCUAUCAUGUUUUGGCGAAAGUAGACUUAAGGCUAGCUGCGUUUAAUCAAAGUACGAAGCCAAUAAAUACCUUAGGCGCUUCAUAUGGUAAUAACGUUCAGGCGCAGGGCAGCGCAGUGCAUUGUAGAUUACCUAAAAUGCAAUUACCAGAGUUUUCAGGAGACCCACUGGCAUGGCAAGGGUUUUGGGACCAAUUCCAAGUAGCAAUUCAUAGUAACACACGUAUAAGUGACAUAGACAAAUUUAAUUACUUAAAGGGAUGUUUGAAAGGGGAAAGUUUAUCUGCUGUAUCAGGUUUAACUUUGAACUCAGAAAACUAUCAGGAAGCAAUAGAAAUUUUGAAAGGCAGAUUUGGAAAUGAACAAAUCUUAAUAUCUGCUCACAUGGAGUCACUAUUGAGGAUCAGUAAGAUAGCAUCUAGGGAUAAUAUUAAAGAGCUAAGGAUGCUUUAUAAUCAUGUAGAGAGUUGUGUAAGAAAUUUGAAAUCCCUUAAACUUGACACAUCUGGGUACGGCUCAUUGCUAAUUCCAAUCAUAAAAGAUAGAUUGCCUGACGAAAUUACCAUGAUUAUUUCCAGAAAAUUUGGCGAGGAGAUCUGGACACUUGAUAAAGUCAUGGAAUAUUUUAAUAGUGAGCUUCGAGCACAAGAGAAUUGUAGUGCAUCCACUUCGAAUAGAUCUAUCCAGAAAGAAUCCCAAAGGAAGGGGGCAUAUUAUACUACUAGUGGGUUGUUUGGUCAGACCAAUAAGGUUGCAUGCGUUUAUUGUGGCAAGGAGGGUCAUUCAUCAUCCAAAUGCAGUAGUGUUUCGAAUUGCCAAUCCCGAAAGGCCAUUCUCCGUAGAAACAAGCGGUGUUUUAUAUGCUUAGAUACUGGACAUAUUGCCAAAAAUUGUAAGUCCCAUUACUUAUGUAGGAAGUGUAAGACUGGCAAGCACCAUAUAUCCAUAUGCGAAUAUACACCAGCAGAUCCCCCAGGUAUAAAUCGGGAGGAAGAUAAGAAUGCAACAACUAAUGAUAACAAGGGUUUUGUAGUACAUGCUAACUGUGAUAAAAGCGGUAUACUAUUGCAGACAGCUAGAGCGGAUAUAUUACCUACAGAUGACAAUGUGCAAGUCCAGACUAGAAUUUUAUUUGACAGCGGUAGUCAGAGGUCAUAUAUAUCUGACAAGGUUAGAAGUACACUGAAAUUGAAGGCAAUUAGAGUGGAGAAAGUUGUAAUCAAAACCUUUGGGCAGGCUGAGAAUAGUGAGGUACAGGAACUUGAUAUAGUUCAACUUAAGGUUAGAAAUAAAGGUGAUGCUAGAUUUACAUUUGUAGAAGCCCUAUGUGUCCCAACCAUAUGUAGUCCGCUGACACAUCAGCCCCUGUCAAGUGUGCAUGAAUUACCGGAAUUUGCAGGGUUGGAAUUUGCUGACUUUGAGCACAAGCAACACCAAAAUCUUCCAGUCGGCAUUUUGAUUGGCAUCGAUUUUUACCAUGUCUUUAUGACUGGUAAGGUUAUAAGAAGUAAAUUAGGCCCUGUUGCAUGUAAAACUAGAGUGGGAUGGGUACUUAGUGGUCGAAUUGGCUCAAGUGCAUCAGAUAUGCAUUGUUUUGAAACACAUUUGCUACGUGCUUCGGUGGAGCAGUCAGAGUCAGACAUAAGCUUAUGGCAAGAACUGGAUAAGUUUUGGAAUGUGGAGAGCAUAGGCACUAAAACUGACAGUGUUGUUGACCAAUUUGAAAAUGACAUUAUUCAUGACGGAACUAGGUACAUCACAAAAUUACCAUUUAAACCUGAUCAUGAGGUGCUCCCUGACAAUUUUACGGUUUGUGAAGGACGGCUUAAAUCACUAAAGAAUAAGUUGGCUGUGAGUAACAUUUUGCAUGAAUACAAUCAAAUAUUCUCGGAGUAUGAAGAAAACGGUAUAAUAGAGCGUGUUCCAUCAGCUGAGGUUGCAAGGGAAACAGGGCAAGUACACUACCUUCCCCAUAGGCCGGUUAUACGUAAUGAUAAACAGACUACCAAAAUACGUGCAGUAUUUGAUGCCUCAUGUAAAGUCAGUGGUCCUUCUUUAAAUGAAUGCCUUUAUUCAGGUCCUAACCUGAUAGCUAAGAUUUUUGAUAUUUUACUUAGGUUUAGAUUGAAUAAGAUUGGGGUAUUAGCUGACAUAAAACAAGCUUUUCUAAAUGUUGGUAUAGAUGUACAGCAUAGAGACUACCUUAGAUUUUUGUGGUAUGAUUUGCAAGCUGAGGAUGAGCAGGUAGUAAUUUACAGGUUUUUAAGAGUAGUUUUCGGAAUUACGAGUAGUCCAUUUUUAUUGAAUGGGACCAUACGACAUCACCUCAGUAAUUACUUAGAGAAAGAAAGAGAAAUAGCACAGCGAGUCAUAGAUGAUCUUUAUGUUGAUGAUUUGGUCAGUGGCUGUAAUAAACUUGAGGAGGGUAAAACCCUAUAUGAUAGAAGUAAGGCAAUUUUAUCUGAAGCCGGUUUUAAUUUGCGCAAAUGGGUCACCAAUGACAAAGAAUUAGCAGGGUACAUUGCGUCAAGGGAAAACGGAGACAACAAUUUACUAGAUAAAGAUAAUGACAUGAGUUAUUUUGAGGCAACGUCACCAAACAUCACUGGCGAGCAUCAAGUUGUUUUAGGUAAAAGCUAG